GAGAUAUUGGGCCAUAAAACAGAACAUUGACCUGGGUGUUAGCUAGAAGACAGGCUUGGAUGAACGAGAGAUCUACUGAGCGGUGAAAAAUCGCCUUUACGUCACAGAAAGAUUAUUGAGUGAGGAAUGGGAAAGUUUUACUUACAAAUGUAACUUCGGAAUUACACAUUUACUGGAGGUAUUUGAGGCAUCACAGCAUGGAUCUAAUGACGAGAUAAUUAGUCUAAAAUAUUUGGCUUGUUAUCUUCCAAUGAGAGAAGUUUGUAAAAUAGCGUAUGUUUGGAAUAACAGAAUCAGGUGUCUUCAUCCGCACAUCAAUCUCACCAGACAAUUAUUUGAGAGAAACAUGCUCGACAACCAGACCACAUACAACGUCUAACGAGUAAAAAACAACAGUUGAUCUAAAAUAGAUAAAUCCAAAUUAUUUACAACAUAAUGUGACUAAAACAGUGUAAAAAUGAUAAAAUAAUUGUACCAAAAAGCUGUUCAGAGAGGCAUAUAUAUUCUGGUAAAGUGAAUUGUGAAAGAAGCUGGUAAAAGCGCAACCAUUAUAAAGGCAGUAUAUGUGAUGACAAGAAGAUAUCUCUGAUAACACAAGACAGGAACCCUUGAACGUAAUAUAUUCCUUGGAUUAUAUUUUAUCGCGGAUCACAUACCAUAUAAUUUAAGAUGAUACUGGUGCGAUAACAAUGGCAGGGAGAGGAAAGACGCGCGUCGACCAAAUGAUCAUGUGCAUCGAAUAAAUUUUCUACAAGGCAGACCAAACAAGAUAGACGAGAAAUACGUAAGUCUGCUCCCCAUUAUCCAAUAUGGGUAGUUUUAUCUAUGCUCUCACCCGCUUCACCCAGUCAGUGCGCCACGACGAUGAUUUUGUGGAUCGCUUGAACUAUCGAUACACGGCCGUUAUUCUGGUAGUGUUUGCGCUGUUGGUUAGUGGCAAACAGUAUGUAGGUGCUCCUAUACAUUGUUGGUGCCCUGCUAAAUUUACUGAUGCUCAUGUGAACUUUGCGAACAGUUUAUGUUGGGUGAAAAAUACAUAUUAUGUACCGGUGGGGGAAAUGUUACCGUUAGAGGAUGAACCAAGAAGGAAAAAGGAGCUGGGAUAUUAUCAAUGGGUCCCAAUAGUCCUGCUUGCACAAGCAGUGCUUUUCUACAUCCCAUGCAUUGUAUGGCGUAUGCUGAACGACAAGUCAGGUAUCAAUGUAAAUACCAUUGUACAAACAGUUACUGACAUACACCAUCUAAAUCCUGAUAUUAGGGAUAAAACAAUUCAAUAUCUUGUUCGCCACAUGGACCGAUGUUUUGACUCACAAAGAGAAUAUCGGGCUGGUUGUUGCGUCAAGUUUCGGCAAAACCUUGCCACAAAAUGUUGCCUUGUAUGUGGCCGUAGGUAUGGGAAUUAUCUAGUAUCCCUGUACCUUUUAAUCAAGGUUUUCUAUUUUGCCAAUGCUGUAGGACAAUUGUUCCUCUUAAACUCCUUUAUAGGAACGAACUAUACGUUGUAUGGCUUGGAGGUAGUUCGUGAUCUCAUAAAUGGGACAGACUGGACCGAAUCAGCCCGUUUCCCAAGAGUGACGCUUUGUGAUUUCAAAAUAAGGGAAUUUGGCUUAAAUAUACAUAGAUAUACAUUGCAAUGCGUUUUGCCGAUAAACCUUUUCAAUGAAAAAAUCUACAUAUUCUUGUGGUUCUGGUUACUGUUCAUCGCUGCAGCGUCAGCUAUUAGUACUUUCCAUUGGAUCGUCACGCUAUGUGCUGGUAACAAAAUCAUGUAUGUCAAGAAACAUCUUAAACUUAUGAUGAGGUAUGACAAAGCCACUGAGAAGAAAGUAGUUCCAAAGUUUACAAACACUUAUCUAAAACAAGACGGUAUAUUUGUGCUGCGGCUAUUAGGUAAGAAUGCUAAUGAGGUUAUAGUUUCUGAAAUAGUCGCAGGACUUUGGGAUUAUUAUAAACAGCAUAGACGAGGCCAUAUAGACCAGGAUUUAGGAACAGAGCAAUUGACACUUUAGCUGAUUGGGACAUUAUUAAUAUAAAUUCAUCUGUAUAUUAAAAUACUGGCACUUCUCACUCAACUGUAACAAUGCAAAUAGAUAAAGUGUGGUCUAUGACAAUCCGAAUAUUAUCAGCACAUAUAUACAAGUUCGAAUUAUGCACACCAAAAGCAAUAAUUCGAUGGUCCAGAAAAAAGACCAUGAUAAUUCAUGUGCAAUUAUACCGUGCCUUGAUACUUGGUUCAGUAUGCGCGAAGGGUCAAUUUGUAGAUCAAAUGGUACUUUUGAUUUCAUAAUUAAAAAAUGAUGUAGCUAGCAGCAUUCGUAAAAGUGAAAGUAUAAAUUCGCUCAUUAAAUAAGCUUUUGAAACUUCUUUCUUGUUUACAAAGUACCACGAGUUGUUUGUAGAAUGAAUCGGGGGAGUUUUUUCAUGCAUUUCGCUUAUGUUUUUCAUUUAAAAAACAUCAAGUUUAAAACAUUUUAUUGACUAUAAGAUUGCACCAUAUAAUCCAAAAAGAUAUUUCUCAUUUUCAAGGAUUCUCUAUAC